GCUAAAGGUGUCCUACCCUACUAUAUAACUUAAGAUUUUAAAACGCACACACCGUCAUAAAAGCAGACCAUGGCCACGACAGCGAAAAUACGUACAUGCUAUAUUAAAGUAUAGUAUAAUUUUAUUUGUAAAAUUAAUUAGAAGUGUUAACUUGAAAAAGCGAAUUGUUACAAUGGGAAUUUUUAAUCAGCUGUCAAAUUAUUAGAGCACAUCAAUACCAUUGGUGCAUGGUAAAUUACAUUCAAGCCAGAUACGAUUUGUAGUAAUAAAAACAUGUCUUGUAAUUAAAACUUCCUUUCGCAUGUAAUUCAAAAGGAUUUAAUUGUAAAGAGAUUAGUCUAUUUCGGCUAUAAAAGGGUAGAUCGAGACGAUAUGACAUUAUCAUUCAAUUCAAGCUUCAAUCAAAGUAUCAUCGGCUUCAAGACAACUUUGCUUCUUAUCAUCAUGGAAUGCUCAAGCUACAACAACCAAGUUAUGCAGCAGUGCGGAGUUCCCGCUAUUGAGAAUCUUUUCCGUAGCUAUCCUCAGCUUCGAGUGUACGAAGACGACAUUCGGGCAAGAUAUGGAAUGUUCGAGAAGACUAAGAUGUCGAUUGAAAGGGAGGAGGGUUUGGAGCGAUUUACUCAGGGACACAAGGAAUUCGGGGUGAUGAUGACGGAGGACGGAGGAGUAAGAUGCAUGGAAUGGAUUCCAAACGCGAAAGCUGUUUAUCUGAAAGGAGAAUUCAAUAAUUGGAAUCUUAUUCAAUAUCGGGAGAUCGGGUUCGGUAAAUGGGAACUCUUUAUUCCUCCAAACCGAGACGGAUCAUGUGCUAUUCGUCACUGCAGUGAGCUUAAGAUCGUUAUCGAAACGAAAGACAACCAAAGAAUCGAACGAAUUUCUCCAUGGGCCAAGUAUGUUGUUCAACGUGAGGGCAACCAAGGAUUCAAAUGGAGGUUCUGGAAUCCUCCUUCGUCACAACGAGUACAGAUCACUCAUACACGACCAAACAAACCGGAUCGUCUUCGUAUCUACGAAGCACACAUUGGAAUCGCAUCCGAUCGUUGUGAAGUUUCCACUUACCGUCACUUUACAUCAAACAUCCUCCCUCGCAUCCGGGAUCAGGGAUACAACUCGCUUCUUCUCAUGGCUGUGAUCGAACAUUCCUACUACCCAAGUUGGGGAUACCAAGUCACCAACUACUUUGCCACCUCCAGUCGAUACGGAACGCCUGAAGAAUUCAAAGAGCUUGUACAGACUGCUCAUGGAAUGGGCAUCUAUGUGAUGGUUGACGUUAUGCACGGAGAGGCAUCUAAGAACGUUCUGGAUGGAUUGAACAUGUUUGACGGAACGGAGGCUUGCUUCUUUGAAGAAGGAGCUAGAGGUUUUAACAACGAACAUGAUACCAGGAUUUUCGAUUACAAAAAAUGGGAAACUCUUCGAUUCCUUAUGUCUCAAUUGCGGUUUUACGUCAACGAGUAUCACGUUGAUGGCUUCAGAUUCAACGGAAUGUCAUCAAUGAUCUUCCAUGACUCGUCCAAACAUGUAGUUCAACAAUCUUCUUUCCGAGGUAAUCAAGACUCCCAAUACUUCGGUAUGCAAAUGAAAACUGACGGUUUGGCUUACAUCAUGUUGAUGAACGAUAUGCUUCACAAUUUCUACCCGAACGUGAUCACCAUUGCUGAGAAUGUACCAGGUAUGCCAGCCCUUUGCAGACCCGUGAGCGAAGGAGGACUUGGAUUCGACUACAGGCUUUCUAAAGAUGCUGCAAAUGUCUGGGCAAAGUUAUUCAGUGAUACACGAGACGAAGAUUGGAAUAUGCAUUUCAUCAGACAAAUAAUCAGAGAAAAUCGAGUCGAAGAAAAACGAAUCAUGUUUACAGAACAUCACGAACAGAACGAAGUUGGUCGGAUGACAAUGAGUCGUAAAUUGAUCGGAGAUUCGUCAAUGUCGGAAUCACAACAGUUGACUCCAUGUUUAGAUCGUGGGUUGAGUCUGUACAAGCUGACUCGGUUAUUUACUCACGCGUUUGCUGGACAAGGAUUUCUAAACUUUAUAGGGAAUGAGUUUGGCCAUCCUGACUGGGUUGAGCUUCCUUCCCCUUCAAAUAAUGACAGCUACCAACUCGCUCGAAGGCAGUUUCAUCUGGCUGACAACCAACAACUCAGAUACAAAUUUCUAAACCGAUUCGACCGAGCUAUGAACAGGACAGAAGAGCGAUACGGAUGGUUGAAAUCAAACCAGGCUGUAGUGACUCGAGCACAGGAAAGCGACAAGGUGUUCGUGUUCGAACGUGCUGGACUUAUUUUCGCCUUUAACUUUCACCCAACGAAGAGUUAUCCAGAUUACAGAAUCCCAGUUGAACGAUUCGGAAGCUACAAAAUCGUGUUGGAUACUGAUGAUCGUUACUUCGGUGGUCACAGCAGAAACCAACCCAAUGUUGAAUUCCACGCCAAGACUGGUCACUACGACAACUUCCCUAAUUCAAUGAUGAUCUACUUGCCUUCAAGAUCAGCUUUGGUUCUUUCUCUUUCCAACCUCGCACACGGAAGCAGGUACGGCAACAGUGGCAACAACGUUUGCAAUUCCUACGGCUCAGGCCAAAAUGAUUCAACUCCUGGUUGCAGCCGAAAUGUUCGAUUUGACAUCGAACGUCACAGUGGAUCGUCGAGAUAUGACGACGCAUGCCGAUUCACGAGUGGAACAUACGGCAAGGAUUACAACAGUGGUGCAUAUAGUCAAGAUUUUAACCGACGAUCUUGCAGCGACGGAUACUCCAACCAAGGUCAUGGAUACAACAUUCGUCAGCAAUACUGGUAGAAACAUUCGUGCCAAAACCUGAAGACUCUUUAGUUGUAGAAUACGCGUCUUUGUGUGUAGAUGUGUGUGGUCUUGUUCUUGUGUAGUUAGUUGUUCGAUGCCUUAUAUAUGUUAAUGUGAAAUAAACGAAAUGAGGAACUUA